AUGUUUGCUGAUCCGAACGUGCGAUUCUCUUACCCGCACUCAGUCGCUGAGUUCUCAUCUGUUACAGCGAUUGAUCCUGCAAGGUUUCCCCCUCCUCUGAACUACCACGACAUGGCAGAGCUGAACAACUUCUUUCGGUUUGAAAGAGACUCACCUCAAAUGCUGCGUCUUCAACAAUUGAACCCGUCCUCUAGCAUUAGCGAUAGGCGAUUCUACAUCAGACAGGAUCCAUGCAGAGGGUUGGAGUUUCUGGCGGCGUUUGAGGGGUUCGUGAAACUAGACGGGGCUGCAGAUGUGCACUCUUUCCUUCACAGGAUGGGGCAGGGGUACAUGUUGUCUCCAUAUUCAAUCUUCGGGAGAACAAUCCAUCAUUACUUCAAGCUUGCAGAGGAAUACAAUCGAUUGCUUGAGGAGAAUGCCCAUUUGGAGGAAGAAAAUAAGAUGUUGCGGCAAAGAUUGGACGAGUUGCAGCCACUGUGCAAUGUUGAGCACCUUACAUUUGGCAAAUUGUGGAGUACGAUCUUUCCGAAUCGAGAGUGUCCGAACAGCAUCGACGACAUGUCGGAGAGUGACCGUUGGACAUACAUCAAGUCAGUUGUGAAUGCCCUCCAUCCUGUCAUGCGGGUCUUGGAAUCUUGCUUGCUCAAGCUUGGACCGAGCUGCUCCAUAUACAAGAUGUUUGGCUACAUGUGUGCGAUCCCUCAAAGAAAUGACUCUCUCUUUCACCUGGAGAACUUCCUCUCGGGGUUUGCCUCUUCCAUCGCAAGCACUCUCCAGAGUCGCGUCUUGACGAACCAUUCGGUCCGCAAUGCAGUUCGUCGAAUUGCCUCGUGUCUAGGGCCGGAUGUUAAAAGGUCAGCGAGGAAAUCACUGGGAGAGGGAGCUAGACGUGACAGGACCAAGAAGGCGCGGGGCACUGAGCAAGAGACAGGCCCUGAGGCCGCCGCAUCACUGAUGACCGGCGUCUCCGUAGAUCAGGAGAGCCGCCCGGGCCAGACUUCGGACCGGGCCGGGGAGCCGGCAGACUGA